CUUUGCAGACGCCGCCACAUCGGAACUUCCCGCGCAGCCCAACCAUGGUCAACCCUACCGUGUUCUUUGACAUCGCCGUCGACGGCGAGCCCUUGGGCCGCGUCUCCUUCGAGCUGUUUGCAGACAAAGUUCCAAAGACAGCAGAAAACUUCCGUGCUCUGAGCACUGGGGAGAAAGGCUUUGGUUAUAAAGGUUCCUGCUUUCACAGAAUAAUUCCGGGAUUUAUGUGCCAGGGUGGUGACUUCACACGCCAUAAUGGCACUGGUGGCAAGUCCAUUUAUGGGGAGAAAUUUGAUGAUGAGAAUUUCCUCCUGAAGCAUACGGGUCCUGGCAUCUUGUCCAUGGCAAAUGCUGGCCCCAACACAAACGGUUCCCAGUUUUUCAUCUGCACUGCCAAGACUGAGUGGUUGGAUGGCAAGCAUGUGGUCUUUGGCAAGGUGAAAGAGGGCAUGAAUAUUGUGGAAGCCAUGGAGCGCUUUGGUUCCAGGAAUGGCAAGACCAGCAAGAAGAUCACCAUUGCUGACUGUGGACAAAUCUAAUAAUAAAUUUGACUUGUGUUUUAUCUUAA